AUGAACUCUGGAUCAACACAGAAUGGACGGGGGGCCAGCCGGCGGGCUCCCUCACACGGCUCUUGGGACCGCAAUGCGCCCUCUCGGGAUACACCUCGCAGUGUGGGAUACGAGGACUAUCCUGUGCAAGGCAAUCCUCCACCGUCGCAGUACACUCCUAUGCCGAACAUGAACUCCAAUUUUGGGUAUCAGAUUCCACAGGCCAAUCAAACAUCACAAGCCUAUCAAUCUCGGGGCCACGCUCCUGCCAUGCAACAACACCAACCACCAAUGCCUUCAGGACAUGGCCAACAGCAAUUUGGCGCUUUUAAUACUUUUCCACAAGACCCGAUGAGCAUGGAUCAAACUUUCUUCCAAAUGGCACAGAAUAUGCCCUGGAUGUAUCCGGGCUUUGAUAGCGGGAUGCCAUUUCCACCCCCAUUUCCUCUCCUCCCUUUCGAUAUGAAUACCCCACUACCCUUCCAAAACACCCGACCCAUGAGCACGAUGGCCCGUGGCGCAGGACAACGGUUCACACCCGAUCUCCAGAGACAAAGAUCGCCAACACCACCAGUCAAAGUCCCGCUUCCAACAUUGCAAUACACAAAUCAAGCUUCACUGAAGCCAGAGAAGACAGAAAAGCGACCACUUCUCGUUAUUCUCGAUCUCAACGGCACCCUCAUCUACCGCAAGCUUCGCAAAUUUCCGCCAAAAUUCGCCAGACGCACCGGUCUAGAUCACUUCCUAGAGACGCUAAUUAAAGACUACAAAGUUAUGAUCUGGUCCAGCUCCCAACCUCAGACCGUAAACGCAGUCUGCGAGCAGAUCUUCCCAGGUCCCAUGCACGACGCCAUCGUCGCUCUAUGGGGACGCGACAAAUUCGGCCUCACCGCCGGCCAAUACAACAAAAAGCUCCAGGUCUACAAGGAACUGCACAAAGUCUGGGCGGUGGCAGAUAUCCAAGGCGCAUUCCCAGGCAACGAGCAUCUACAAGACCCCCCGGCCUCAUCACCAGGCACCAAUCUACCACGCAAGAACCGCGAGCAAAGGCUUCGCGUAUCUGAGGCUGCAAAGCUCCCUGCCGGACACCGCUGGGACCAGACCAACACUAUCCUCAUCGAUGACAGCAAAAUCAAGGCUUCCAGCGAGCCGUUCAAUAUCCUCGAGAUCCCGGAGUUCAAUGGCGACUCCAAUAUCGAUGAGACGAAGCUCUUUGCUAAGGUCCUCAGCCGCCUCGAUUAUCUCGCCCACCAUGACGACGUGAGCAAAGUCCUCCGCGUCUGGAACGAGCGCGUAGACAAGGGCGAGGGCACUAUUCUUGAAUUGGAUAUUGGGCUCCAUGAGGAUUCCGUCGACAAUGAGGACGGCGGCACGAGUCUCCUCCCAAAGCAGUUGAAUGCGGACUCUAUUGGCGAUCUUAUAACGUUUGAUGGUGCAGGGGAUGUCCCUGCUCCUGCAACCGCGAAGUCCAAGCCCAAGAAAAAUAAGAAGGCUAAGGCUAGAGCAAAAGCGGCAGCCGCGAAUAAUAUAACCCCGAACACUGCAGCUACCAAGCCCGCAACUGCCAGUACUACAACUACCAAUCCAAACCCGCCUGCCACAAAACCAACAGCGCAACCCCAACAAAAAACAGAAGAGCAAAGAACGGAAAUCAGACUGUCCCGCAAGGCACGCAAAAGAGCCAAAGAUGCCGCCGCUGUCGCCGCCGCCGCCACCGCUACAGCCACUGCGGAGGCCGAAUACCGAAAGACCCACGGUAUUCCCACACCGAGCUAUGACAAUGUAACGAGCAACCAAGUCGUCGCUAGUAUCGAGCCAGACGUACACGGUCACGUUCACGCUCAAGUUGGCACAAGCGAGAAAUCAAUUCGCCGCAGACAGAAGGCCGCCAACAGAAGGGCUCAGUGGGAAGUUGAUCCCCCCACGCCUCCCCCCGGGUCUGAGACUGCACAGCAAAGAUAUAACUUCCGGAAGAGGAGUAUUGCUGCUCCUACUCCCAAUCUUAAUGCAGAAUCUGCUUCUGCUUCUGGUCCCGGGGCGGUAUUCGAGUCCGCCUCUGCAGCUGCCCACGCUGCCAAUGCUGCUCACAUCAUCACAAGCGGAUUAUCACCCGAGUACCUCCCUCCAGAUGCGGAUGUAACUGUGGGUAUGGAAUUGGAUGUUGAUGCGUAUGUUCCGCCGGAUGUUGUGCCUGUGUCGGGAGCUAAGCACAACCGAUCACCGUCGCCAGCUUCGUCGGUUGGGUCGAGGAAUUCGUUGCUUGAUCGUCUUGAGGAGGGGCUUGGGAUGAAGCGUUGA